GUAGUUUUCUUUUUCUUUUUCUUUGUUAUUUAUUUUUUUAAAUUAUUAUUUUUUAAAACUUCAGGAAAUGGUUCAGGACAGGUGCAUCUUCAAAUAGCAGACACGGUAAACAGCGGCAGCAAUAGGAAACCACAAACUGAAACCCCCAAAAAUAUGCUAUUAGUCUGAAUGUGCUAAAGAAGAGCCUUCCUCCCUCCUCCCCUAUACUAGACAUGCCUCUCUCUGGAAGAACAGUGCGGAGUAUCACCGUAAUCUAGAAUCUAGCCAGAGUGUUCUCAUUCUACCCAGAGGACAGCUCAGCUUUACAGCAAACACCCAACCUGGGAAAGAACUCGCUGCUUCAAACUGGGUUGUCUUCUUGUAGUGCCUGCUAACAAAACACAGCCGCUGUCUGUUCGGUGAUUCUGUAAGGAUGGCAGAUGGGUUUGGUACAAUUUCACCCUAUGAGCAGAGCUGCAGCACAGCUUACAGGCCUGUCCUGGCCACCGAGGACCCCGCGCAGAGCCGUCCGUCUCGUUGCCUGUCCUGGACGCUUCUGCUCCUGUUAGUGGUCGAUGUUUGCCUGCUGAUAUCUGCGCUGGUCUGCCUUUCGGGGCUUACUGGUGAGCAAUUGGACCUGGAAAAAAAAAUCUCUGACCUGACAAAUACAGCUGAAGCCAGUUACAGCAAGGCAACAGAGCAUCACAAUGAAACCAGAACGAGACUGAGAGCAGUGGACUCUAACAUUUCGUUUUGCACGGAAGCUGUAAUCAACGUUUCAAAUUCGUUGAGCGACUCUGGCUUGCAGAACGCUAUAGAGUUAUAUAAGAUGUAUAUAAGAGACUUCUGUUCCAAGAAAGCCAGUGAAAAAGCCUAUACCUGCCUCCCAUGUCCUCUGGGCUGGCAGCAAACUGGGAGGCGCUGCUACGUGUUUUCUGAUCAGCAAAAAACCUGGAUGGACUCCCAGUUGUUCUGUCAGUCAAAGCAAGCAGAUCUGCUCAUCAUCAACAACGCAGAGGAACAGCAGGCGAUAAUCAGUAAGAAGCAUUCGUCUCGUUACUACUGGAUUGGACUCAGUGACAGGGUCAAGGAAGGUGACUUCAGAUGGGUGGACAACACAAGCAUCAGCACCACAGAGCAGUUUUGGAGAAAAAAUCAACCAGAUGACUACAACAAUGAAGAUUGCAUCCAUUUAUCCUAUGAUGGGUUGUGGAAUGAUAUUUCAUGUGAUACACAAUUUUAUUUCAUUUGUGAAAAGGAAUCUAGAAUGAUCUUUUUUCUGUGAAAUGGCUUUGUUUGUAGAUCAAGAAUACAAUAUGCUACUGAGUUUUAUUGUUUUGGUGUUUUUUUUUUUUUUUUCUUUCUCAAAAACGAGAGGCCAGUUACAUGCUCUUCAGAAGGUGCUAAAGUUAUUAGGUACCUGAAGGCAGUAACAGCAGAGUUAUAGCGUUGUACAGUAGAGCCUCAGCGUUACAAGCAACAAACUGAAAAGGUUAACCAACUGAAAUAGCAAGCACUGGGAAACACAGAUGUGUUACACUUUUAAUUGAAAAAAAAAACACCCACCUGACGGCAGUAUCAUCCUCAGCAACGGGACUAUGCUGCCUGUACUGUAUCCUUGUAGUAUUCUCCAAAUCGAGGGCGUAGAUAGCAGGUGAACACAUGUAUUAAUACCAAUGCAAAGUCAUUUUCAGAGCUACUGGCAUUUCAGGCUGACAAACAACCUCCAUUCCCAAUGUGAUGGAACUCAGAGGUUCUGCUGUGUUUGAAAUAUCUGAGUUUUAAAACAAGCAAAGAUUUUCAAUGCAAAAGCAAAGGACCAGUGAUUAUAAUGUUACUAGUCCUAAUAAGAGGUGACGUGCACCUUAAAACCGUGCUUAUUGCAUAAUUUUUCUUUUAUUUCAUUGCAUAUUUUAUUUGAUUUUGGGGCACAAAAUGUGUUUUCUGUUUGGUGUU